AUGGCUUGUGUUUGUGAGAGCAGUUUGGAUCCCUUUAUGGCCCCUGCCAUGGUCAUCCUGAACUUCUUGGCUGAAUUGUUCACUAAGUCAUACCAGACCAUUAAUGUCUUUCCGUCCACAAUUUCUUUGGCUCAUGUUCUUUCUCAGGGCUCUUGCAUUGGAAAGGACCCCUUGUUUCAUUGGGACUUCUGGUUCCGGUGGAUCUCGUUUGGAUAUGCCUUUAGAUUAUAUGCUCUCCGUCUCAACCUCAUGAAAGAAAGAGGAAGUCUCCAUAAAGAAGAUAACAAUAUUAUUCUGAAGCCAAGCAGAAAUUCAUCUCAGUUGCGCAAUGAGAGUCUUCGUUACUUUUUUGGAUUUGGAGAGUGGGAAAUCCAAGACAUCACGGUGGAGCAGGACAAUGUAGACAGUCGAUCACAACUCAUAUACCGUGUAAUCAUGAAACGUCAACCAGGCGUAUAUGUGCUUUGCCUAAUUUUACCCACGCUUUCCUUGUUGUUCAUGAACCUUCUGUCUUACUUCAUGCCCAAUGCCUAUCAAGAGAAGAUUGCCUUUAAAGUCACCGUACUCUUAGGAGUGUCUGUUCUCUCACUCAUUCUGAAUGACUUCAUACCCAGCUCCUCCAAACAAGUUCCUACGAUUGUGAUAUUCUUUAUUGGCACUCUUGCCUUGAUGAUGAUUGAGAUCAUAGAGAUUUUCCUCAUAUUGCACAUUGGAAAUUAUGUUCACUGCAAGGAAUUAGCGAAAACCAGAAACAACCUUCUUAGCAAAGAGCCUUUCAGCUCCGAACCAGCAUCUGUGAAUGAGGAACCGGUGACAGGAGAUGGGAUGCACAGUCUACUAGGCAGGAUUCAAAGAGACAUGGAGCUGGUUAGAGAACAGAUCCUAGCCAUAAAGAAAGCGGAGCAGUUGGAAAAUGACAAUGCAGCUUUUCUGCGUGGCCUGGAUAAACUUGUUUUCUACAUCCAUCUACUGCUUGCUACUUUAUUCUAUACAAUGAUCAUCCUCAAAUGGAGCCUGUGA